GCCGCGCUCUUCGGCGGCAGGGGCAUGGAGGAGCGGCGGGCUCCGAGCCGUGCCCCGGAGUCCCUGAAACUUCCGAGCAGGCGCCCAAUCGCGCCUCUGCCGCCGCCGCCACCGCCACCUCACCUGCCGGCUUGAGAGCGGGACCAUGGAUGAAAGGUUCAACAAGUGGCUGCUGACGCCGGUGCUCACUCUCCUCUUCGUGGUCAUCAUGUACCAGUACGUGUCCCCUUCCUGCACCAGCUCCUGCGCCAACUUCGGGGAGCAGCCCCGUGUCGGGGAGGCCCGCCCGCCUGCCGCUCCGAGUUCAGCUCGACGGGCUCAGGCGCCCCCUGAUGAGUGGGAGCGGCGGCCCCAGCUGCCUCCACCACCCCGGGGACCCCCUGAGGGGCCUCAAGGGGUCGCGGCUCCAGAGGAUGAGGAUGAGGAUCCCGGGGACCCGGGGGAAGAAGAGGAGGAUGAUGAGGAAGAGCCCGAUCCCGAGGCGCCCGAAAACGGCUCCCUGCCCCGGUUCGUGCCGCGCUUCAACUUCACCCUGAAGGACCUGACCCGCUUCGUGGACUUCAACAUCAAAGGGCGCGACGUGAUAGUGUUUCUACACAUCCAGAAGACGGGGGGCACCACGUUCGGCCGGCACCUGGUGAAGAAUAUUCGCCUGGAGCAGCCGUGUAGCUGCAAAGCUGGCCAGAAAAAGUGCACCUGCCACCGGCCGGGAAAGAAGGAGACCUGGCUCUUCUCCCGCUUCUCCACGGGCUGGAGCUGCGGGCUGCAUGCCGACUGGACCGAGCUCACCAACUGCGUGCCGGCCAUCAUGGAGAAGAAGGAUUGUCCCCGCAACCAUAGCCACACCAGAAACUUCUACAAACAAGAAUAA